AUCAACGGCCAUGGAGCUGUCUGUGAGUGUGACACUCAGAUUCCGAUCACAGAGCUUCUCACCCUUCUCCCACUCGCACCCACUCAACCAUCUGAUACCCAUUUCUCCCAAAUCCCACAAACCCUCUUCACUGACGGUGACAGCCAAGAAAAAUAUAACCAUUGAAGGUGUCAGUGACGAGUUGAACACCAUCGCUUCUCAGAACCUCGAUUUCGCACCCUCUCGGAGACGGGUCAGAGCAGCUUUCACUGAGUUGCAGCAGCACCUCGACCAUUACUUAUUCAAGACUGCUCCUGCUGGGAUCAGAACUCAAGAAUGGUACGAAAUGAAUUCGAGGGGAUUGGAAAUUUUCUGCAAAAGCUGGAUGCCAGAACCCGGGGUUCCAAUCAAAGCAGCUUUGUGUUUCUGCCAUGGGUAUGGCAGUACUUGCACUUUCUUCUUUGAAGGUAUUGCCAAGCGAAUUGCUGCUUCUGGGUAUGGUGUUUUUGCUAUGGACUAUCCGGGUUUCGGUCUAUCCGAAGGAUUACAUGGUUACAUACCAAAUUUUGAUGAUUUGGUUGAUGACGUUAUAGAACAUUAUACAAAAAUCAAAGCAAUGCCUGAGGUGAGAGAGUUGCCUCGAUUUAUAUUGGGGCAGUCAAUGGGUGGAGCAAUUGCUCUUAAAGUUCAUUUGAAGGAACCAAAUAAUUGGGAUGGAGUAAUCCUUGUAGCACCGAUGUGUAAAAUUGCAGAGGGCAUGUUACCAUCAAAUUCGGUUUUGAAGGUAUUAAAUCUUUUGUCUAAAGUGAUGCCAAAGGCAAAACUGUUCCCACACAAAGAUCUAUCUGAGCUGACCUACCGAGAACCUGACAAGAGAAAAUUGGCCGCUUACAAUGUUAUUUCUUAUGAUGAUCAAACACGAUUGAAAACUGGCAUGGAACUUUUAAGUGCCACACAAGAUAUUGAGUCACAAUUACAGAAGGUUUCAGCUCCAUUAUUGAUUCUUCAUGGAGCAGCUGAUAAGGUGACAGAUCCAUUAGUGAGCCAAUUUCUUUAUGAGAAAGCGUGUAGCGAGGAUAAGACUCUAAAGAUCUAUGAAGGAGGUUACCACGGCAUUUUGGAAGGAGAACCAGAUGACAGGAUUUUUGCUAUCCAUAAUGACAUUAUCUCAUGGCUUAAUUUUAGAUCCUCAGUUAAUUGAGGUUCAUGCUUUGGGUCUAUCAACAUAAUUGAGGAUAGUGGCCUAGCCAAGAGUUUUUUUUUUAUGUAGUGAACAGACACGACACCCUUCUUCAAAGUUACCUCACGGGAAUGGGAGAAUUAUGGUAGUUUGAUGUAUAUGUCAAUU